AUGCAUGCUUGUGAUACAUGGCCCACGACUCACGGAGAAGAUAAUAGACUAGCUACCGUGGAUAGAAAAUUCCUUAGGGAGAUUUACGGACCAAAAAUAAACGAAAACAAAACACACGAAAUAAGAUCUAACAGAGAAUUGCAGGAGUUAUUUGGAAAAUCAGACAUAAUAGCGGCAAUACGCCACAAAAGACUAAGAUGGCUUAGACAUUCUCUAAGAGCUAAAUCAAUACCAAAUUCUGUAUUAAGAUUGACUCCUCAGGGAAGGACGAUUGGAAGACCGAAACAGAGUUGGACGGACACAAAUACAAAAGAACUAAACCAACUUGGGAUAUACAAUUAUAUUUAA